AGAGGACUUCCCUUUACAAAGCAGCAAAACAGUCUACCCUUACCUGAACUUUCCAGUGUCAAAGAACAGGAGUUGCCUGAGCUGAAAUAUUCGAUAUGUGUACUGGAAAGUGUUCCCUCUGCAUCGCAGUGACUCUGUACCCGCUGGCGCUCAUAUCUAUCAUCUGUAACAUUGUGCUGUUCUUUCCCGAUGGAGACAUUAAGUAUGCCAAAGAUGGACAUAUUACAGAGGAGGUGAAGUACAUGGGGGGAGUCAUUGGAGGAGGGAUAAUGGUGCUGCUCCCUGCACUUCACAUUCACCUGACUGGAAAGCAGGGCUGCUGUGGAAAUCGCUGCGGGAUGUUCUUAUCUAUUGCGUUUGCUGCAGUGGGCGUGGUCGGUGCCCUGUACAGCUUUAUUGUGGCUGUGCAUGGCUUGCACAAUGGACCCCUCUGUAAAUACUUACUCAUUUGGACGAGGCCUUUCCAGGACAGUAACCCCAGUUACCUGGGCGACAGCUCCAUAUGGUGGCGAUGCCAAGAGCCUGAGAACAUCGUCCAGUUUAACAUUGGACUCUUCAGCACCCUACUGGUGACCAGCGGCCUGCAGCUGAUUCUCUGUGCGACUCAGAUGAUCAACGGGCUCGUUGGCUGCCUGUGUGGGACCUGCAACAAGAAGGACAAAGACAUGAUCUGAACAUGAGUCCUUUCUUUAAAAUGAGCAGAAGCGGUGAGUUUCUGACUGGCGCCCCCUGCUGUCUCGUUUAAUCACUGGGCACCACGUGAGGCUGCAGAGAAUAUUGCUUUGAACGGGUUCAUUUCUCAGAUUUGCCCAUUUUAUGCUUUUUACAUUAUUACCCAUGGUCUUACAUGGAGUUUAAUCUUUCUGAGGUAUAUUUUGUUGAGAAAAUGCUGUUUACUAGUGUAGUGUUUAGAAGAGGCUCAUUUUAUGCCCCUGUACAGGUCCAUAAUUUUAUUUUAGGCAGUAUUUUAAAUUAGUUAACAAAUCUUCAGAGCCUGAGGUUGUAACACUUAAACGUUUGACUGUACAAUAGCCGUUUUCUGUUGUGAAGAAGCUGAUUUUAAGCAGCUAUUGUGUAAAUUGAGUGACAGAAGCCUGCUCAGUGAACCAGGAGAAUCAUUUGGCCUAGUUAUUUCUAUUUUUACAAACAAGCCAAAAUCUUUAUAUCACUUCUCAUGAAAGAAAUUAAAUCAUAAUUUAUCUUUUGGCAGCUUUAAACACACAGCAGCUAUAUUUUUGCUAUUUAAUUUUGUCAAUUUAAAAACUGUAAACUCUGAUUUACUGUAUUUCAAUGUUAAAGUGAUAGCCUUAAAGAAAAAAAUAAAAUACAGCAAAAAUCUAA